CAAAACGCUUCCUUCAACCAUUCUCUCUCUCUCUCUCUCUCUCUACAAUUUUUUCUUCGCCUCUCUCUCUCUUUUAGAAAGCCAACUCCUACAGAGUCCGAAUCGAAAAAUCCGAGCUCCCUCCAAUAUAUCUAAAUUCCUCUCUUCGUGUUCUGUAUUUUCUUUAUCUCUAAAGAUUCAUAUUCUCUCUUUCUUCUACCUCUAAAAUUCUUUGAACCAGUCUGUUUCUCGAUCCCCAUUCUGUUGCAAUAGUUUCAGUCGGCAUACCGAGCUCGACGGUAUAUUCUUCAACAGCACUUCAUUGCAGGUUACAGUGGAAUGCUUAUUGGUAUGGUCGAUCAGGGUCUUGGACCCUCGUGGCCGAGUUUCUGGUUUUCGAUUAUUGUCUGUCUGAUCAACUAGCUCCGGGCAUUUAAAAGGAAACAUGGCUCUUCAAAAAUAUGUUCCUAGUGGCGGUGUGCCUUCUGUGAAUAUGAAGUCGUUGAGUUUUUCCAGUAAGGCAAAUGGGGGAGCUCAACUUGCAGAUCCAGGGAGAAGUCCUAUGGUGGCUGAUAUGGAUAUUGACCUCAAAGAAGUAUACUUUUUGAUUAUGCAUUUCUUAUCAGCUGGGCCAUGUCAGAGGACUUGUGGGCAGUUCUGGAAUGAACUUCUGGAACAUCAACUUCUACCUAGAAGAUAUCAUGCUUGGUAUUCAAGGAGUGGGGCACACAGCGGGGAUGAAAAUGAUGAUGGCUUGUCUUUACCGUUAAGUUACAAUAAGCUGGUGGAGAGGUAUCCACACAUUGAAAAGGAUCACUUGGUCAAACUUCUGCAGCAACUGAUACUUAGUGCAGGUGUUCCUUCGCAAGGCGUGGUUGGUGGGAAUGCUUUAAAUGCAGCUUCUGUUCCUACCCUCUUGGGAACUGGUUAUUUUUCACUUCUGGGACAGAGUCAUAUUACGAGAAAAAAUGAAGUCAAUCACCCUCCUGGUUACAUGCGUUGGCCUCAUAUGAUAGCUGAUCAGGUGCACGGGCUAAGUUUGAGGGAAGUUGGGGGUGGCUUCUCAAGACACCAUCGUGCACCAUCUAUACGUGCUGCUUGUUAUGCUAUCGCAAAACCAUCUACCAUGGUGCAGAAGAUGCAAAAUAUUAGGAGGGUUAGGGGUCACCGCAAUGCUGUUUACUGUGCCAUAUUUGAUCGAUCUGGGAGAUAUGUUAUUACUGGUUCAGACGACCGCCUGGUAAAAAUUUGGUCAAUGGAAACUGCAUAUUGCUUGGCGAGCUGCCGUGGACAUGAAGGUGACAUAACUGACCUGGCUGUGAACUUCAACAAUACUUUGGUGGCUUCUGCUUCAAAUGACUGCAUCAUCCGAGUUUGGCGCUUACCUGAUGGGCUUCCAAUUUCAGUUUUGCGAGGUCAUACUGGAGCUGUUACUGCCAUCACAUUUAGUCCUAGACCAAGUUCUGUAUACCAACUCUUAUCAUCAUCCGAUGAUGGGACAUGUAGAAUUUGGGAUGUCAGGCACUCCCACUUCAGUCCACGGAUAUACGUGCCUAAACCUUCAGAAUCUUUAGCUGGGAAGAACAAUGUGCCGUCGUCGAGUAGUGGUCAACAGGGCCAUCAGAUCUUCUGUUGUGCAUUCAAUGCUAGCGGAACGGUAUUUGUCACUGGUAGCUCAGAUACUCUUGCAAGGGUUUGGAAUGCUUGUAAAUCCAACCCAGAUGACUCAGAGCAACCUAAUCAUGAGAUGGAUAUUUUAGCUGGUCAUGAGAAUGAUGUCAACUAUGUGCAAUUUAGUGGCUGUGCCAUGGCAUCUAGAUUUUCUACGUCUGAUGCCUCGAAGGAAGAUAAUAUUCCAAAAUUCAAGAGUACCUGGUUUAACCAUGACAAUAUAGUUACCUGUUCUCGCGAUGGCAGUGCAAUUAUUUGGAUACCAAGAACACGUAGAUCAUAUGGGAAGAUUGGACGAUGGACUCGAGCAUAUCAUCUGAAAGUUCCACCACCACCAAUGCCUCCUCAACCUCCACGAGGAGGUCCACGUCAGAGAAUUCUUCCAACUCCUCGUGGUGUUAAUAUGAUCACGUGGAGCCUCGACAAUCGUUUUGUCCUUGCUGCUAUCAUGGAUUGCAGGAUUUGUGUCUGGAAUGCUGUUGAUGGUAGCUUAGUACACUCUUUGACCGGUCAUAAUGAAUCUACUUAUGUUCUGGAUGUUCAUCCUUUCAAUCCCCGAAUAGCAAUGAGUGCUGGAUAUGAUGGGAAAACAAUAGUGUGGGAUAUAUGGGAAGGAACACCUAUUCGGAUAUAUGAAAUUGGUCGUUUCAGACUGGUGGAUGGAAAGUUCUCUCCGGAUGGGACAUCAAUCAUACUUUCUGACGAUGUUGGUCAAUUAUAUGUAUUGAACACAGGCCAAGGCGAGUCCCAAAAGGAUGCCAAGUAUGAUCAGUUUUUCCUUGGGGAUUAUCGCCCACUUAUUCAAGAUACCCAUGGGAAUGUUCUUGACCAGGAAACUCAACUUGCUCCUUAUCGAAGGAAUAUUCAGGAUCUCCUUUGUGAUUCAGGCAUGAUUCCAUACCCAGAGCCAUAUCAGAGUAUGUACCAGCAGCGACGGUUGGGAGCUCUGGGCUUCGAGUGGCGCCCGUCUUCUGUAAGAUUUGCUGUUGGGGCUGACAUCAGUCUGGACCAAGAUUACCAAAUGCUUCCCAUAGCAGACCUGGAUGUGUUGAUUGAUCCACUUCCCGAGUUUGUGGAUGCAAUGGAUUGGGAACCAGAAAAUGAAGUACAAAGUGAUGAUACUGAUUCAGAGUAUCAUGUUACAGAGGACUACUCUUCUGGAGGGGAGCGAUGUAGUUUAAGUAUUAACUCUUGUAGUGAUCCAGAGUGCAGUGCGGAAGACAGUGAGGUUGGGAACACUCAUAGAGAUGGCCUCCGCAGAUCUAGGAGGAAAAAGCAAAAGGCAGAAGUCGAGAUCACAACUUCUUCUGGGAGACGUGUUAAGAGGAAGAAUUUGGAUGAGGGUGACGAUGGUUCAUUAAAAAAUCAUCGAACUAGAAAAUCAAGAAAUGGUCGAAAAACCUCGAGGAGGAAGUCUUCUUUGUCAAAGACUUUGAGACCUCAAAGAGCUGCUGCACGCAAUGCUCUUCAUUUGUUUUCCCAAAUCACGGGAAUGUCUACAGAUGGAGAAGAUGAAGAGGGCUCGGAAGGUGAUUCUCUAGAAAGUGGAUCUACACUGCAGGAUUCAAAUACUGAGAGUGAAGAAUCUGAUGUAUCUUUGCGAAACGAACAAUGUGAGCAUUCAAAAGGCAAAGAAAUACCCAAGGAUGUGUCUGAGGAUACGGUCAAGCUUCACCAAUGUCCUGAAACUCAUAUGAAUGCUGGAAGUAGGAGGAGAUUGGUCCUCAAAUUGCCAAGUCGUGGUUCAAAUAAACUUGUGCCCCUGCAAAACACAAUACUCGAGUGUGAAAGCCAGCCUGAUCCAGUAUGCCCAUCAUCUACAGUUCCUCAGGAAGCUGUUAAAGUAAAUAAGAACUACUUUCAGGGUCAAGGGUGUACUUCUGGUGAUGGAAACAGUGACAGAAUGGAAAAGAGUGAGAAGGGGCAACCUGCAAAGGUAGAACAUUAUUUAGACCUGCUUGAAGGAUACAAAGACGGGAAAAUUAGCUGGGGAGGGGUUAAGACCCGCACAUCGAAGCAUUUGAGGAUUGGAGAACCCUUGUCGUCACACACAGCGGGAUCUAAGUCAUGCCUCGAGGGUCCUGGUACAAUAGAAAAUUUUGGUAAUGGGCAACUUAUGUCUGAUAAGGACUGUGGCACAAUGUCGCCUAGUUCAGAAGUCCAAUGUAAGGGAGGUAAGAUGAAUGAAGCAGUUGUCAUCGACCAGCAUCAUUACGUGUCUACUACCCCAGAGAGUUUGGAUGUAGCUGGAAAUGGUAAAAAGGACAAUGGCUCUGAUGAAUGCAAUGAAUGUGACAAAUCACCAGGAUUUUUAAAUACAUUUGUAGGCAAUAUGGCCACAUCUUCUGCCUCUGCUAAUGAUGCGACUGAAAACUGUCCUGACCUGAAAGAGAACCCUGCACCAAUUCCAACAAAGUUAAGGAUAAGGUCAAAAAUUAUUUCAACGGAUCAUGGAAGUCCUACUAAGACGAAAAUUGAGUCUUCAGUGGAAGAUUCUAGGAAUGGUGAAUGUGAUACAUUGUCUGAAAGCCCAUCAAACACCAAACUGAGUAUGAAGUCAAAUGUGCCUGAUCAUGAUGACACAAGAAGGCCUAGUUCUUAUCAUGGAGAUCGCAACAGUGUGCUAGAAUUGGAUACUCAGACUGGUGGAACUUCAAGGUCUGUUUUGCAUGACACCCAGAAGUUGCAUUUGCCUAACAGGAUGUUCAAUGCUGUUUAUACAAGGUCAAAAGCAUUUAGGGCUAGAAAUAUUUCAGUAGGUGACAAUAGAGGCUUGGAAGCAAGCACGUCAAACGCAGUUGAUCAUAAUCUAAAUGGCGGAAUGCACGACACAACUGCAGGGGUACGUAGGACAAGGUCCAUGGGGCUGAGGUCAACCAUUAGUGAUUUAAAUGUUGUUGAUAGCAAAAUCAGAUUAAGGGAAGCCCAUGAUGGUUCAGAAGGUACAUCAUCCAGUGGCGAAAAGUCUUCCUUUAACAUUGGCGAUGAACUCACUCCUGAAGAGUGGAGAUCAAGUUCUAGGGUUUCUGUUGGAUUAAGAUCUACCAGAAACAGGAGGGGCAGUCAUUAUGUUCGUGAUAGUAGUCCACCAGAGAGAAGGAAACCACAUCAAUCAGCAAAAUCAUGGUUGAUGUUGUUGACACAUGAGGAGGGCUCUCGAUAUAUUCCCCAAAGAGGGGAUGAAGUUGUUUAUUUGAGACAGGGUCAGCAGGAGUAUAUUAGCUAUAGUGGUUCAAGAGAGUUAGGCCCUUGGAAGACAAUUAAGGGCAACAUCAGGGAUGUCGAAUUUUGUAGGGUUGAAGACCUUGAGUAUUCAACACGUCCAGGUUCUGGGGAGAGUUGCUGUAAAAUGACACUUCAACUUGUGGAUCCUACUUCCUGUGUGGUUGGUAAAUCAUUCAGCUUGACUCUGCCUGAAGUGACUGGUUUCCCAGAUUUUCUUGUCGAAAGAACAAGGUAUGAUGCUGCUGUCAAGAGAAACUGGACUUAUAGGGAUAAAUGCCAAGUCUGGUGGAAGAAUGAAGGCGAGGAAGAUGGUAGUUGGUGGGAAGGUCGGAUCCUGACUGUGAAGCCCAAAUCCCCCGAAUUCCCUGAUAGUCCAUGGGAAAGAUAUGUUGUUCAAUACAAGAGUGAACCUACUGAAACCCAUCAACAUAGUCCUUGGGAACUUUAUGAUGCUAAUACACAAUGGGAGCAACCUCAUAUUGAUGAUGAGAUUAGAGAUAAGCUGCUGCAUGCUUUUGCCAAACUGGAGCAAUCAGGAAACAAAGUUCAGGAUCAUUAUGGGGUUCAAAAGUUGAAACAAGAAUCACAGAGGUCAAAUUUUGUCAACAGGUUCCCUGUUCCAUUAUCUCUCGAAGUGAUCCAGUCUAGAUUGGAGAACAACUAUUACAGAAGUUUGGAGGCAAUGAAGCAUGACAUUUCGGUGAUGCUAUCAAAUGCUGAAUUAUACUUUGGGAGAAAAGCAGAGGUUUUAACGAAGAUGAGGCGCUUGUCAGACUGGUUCACACGGACACUUUCAUCUUUUUAGGUUGCUUCGAUACAAAUUUUUUAGAAAAUUCAUCCAUUAUUGAGCUUGAGCCAAUCCUUUCUGUUUUCUUAAUAGAUAAUAUUCCCGUCUAAUUUGUUGAUUAUUUAUUCCUUUUUGGGUCUUUCUUUAGAGUAACCAACGGUCCAAUUUAGAUCAAGUGGUUGACCUUGUAGGGAUCACUGUUUCUCUCUCUUUUUUUUUUUUUAAUUUUUUCGGCUCAGCCAAAAAAGUAGCUGAUUCUGGGAAAAUUAUCCACCAGAAUACUCAUCCAUGUACAGAGAUAGACACUUUUUAAGUAGUCAAAAUGAAAAUAUUCGAAAA